AUGCCAUUAAACGUACAGGGAGGAAAGAAGAAGCCCCUGAAGGCCGCCAAGAAGGGUCCCGUCGAAAUGACGGAAGAAGAAAAAGCUUUUAAAAAGGAAAUGGCCGAGAAGAAAAAGUACGCCAGCAACUCUCCACCGCAUCUCAUUCGCGGCACGAGUGAAGACAUAGUGGCCGAAGAAGAAGCUAAGCAGAAAUUGUUGAAGGCCAAAAAGAAGUAA